GUGGAGCAGAAGCAGCUGGUGCGGUUGGGAAGGGGGCGGGCCACGCAGGCGCAAGGGGCAUCCCGGAGCCUGGAUGGAGCUCACGGGGGCUGGGGGGGCCAUGAGCGGCAAGAAAGGUAAAGCGGGGGCGCGCGGCUGCCCUUCAGGUCUUGGGGGCGCGUGCAUGGGGGCUGCAGAUAAAUCCUGGGUGGGGGAGGCAGUUGCAUGGGGAGGAAAGAGGGGGCGGCGGCAGCAGGGGGGCUUUCCUCUUGCACGGUCGGUCCCUGCUGCUGCUGCCAUUUGCAAGCUUGCCUCGGAAACUUUUGCAGGCGGAGCGCUAAUUCUCCUCCCUCGCGUCCCUCAGGCCCGGGGAGCGGCCGCGGCAAAAAGAAGAAGCAUAAGAAGGAGAAGGCGCCUCCGGCUCCGCAGGCAGAGAGCGAGACCCCCGCGGGGUGAGUGGGGCGCCGAGCGCAUCUUGCCUCGGGGGGAGGGCGGCGGCGGGAGCGAGCCUGCCCCGUCGGGGAUGCGUGUGCGAGUGAAUGCGGGAGAGAGGUCCUGAUUCUGGAAACUGCAGCUCUCGGAUGUUGGGGGGGGGGAUUCUCCCCGUUUAGAGGAAGCCGGCAUGACUGAGAGGGGGGGGGACGGACAGGUUUGCGGAACAGGUGCUGGGGAAGCCGCAAGGGGAGUGCGGGGCUGGCUGCGGCUUCUCAGGGCAGAUUCACACGUGCAUGUUCAGAAUCGUGGCUUGAGAGGGCGGGCCAACACGGGUAUCAAUGCCUAGAGCGCCCCGCUUUUCGGGGGAGCCCGUGCAGGCUCUCCGCUGCCAGCCUUCAGGCUGCAAGAACGCCAGUGGCAUCUGUGCACGUGUAAGCGACUUUUAGUGUUUGGAGGGUGGAAAUUUCAGGAAAUCGGUCAGUUUCAUAACACGCCUUUGUCUCUGGAAGAUUGCAUAGUUUGCAUGUGUGAAUGUCCAUCACAGGUAUAACGCUAUGUAUAAUCUUAAAUGUAAUUAAGUGGAGGCAGUUUGACUGCAAGUAAUUUGGGUGUUGAGAAGACCAAAUCAUGGUUAUGAUUUCCAUUUCUCUGGCAAGGGGGGGAAAUGAUGAUAAAGCUUCUGCUACAACUUAAAACAUGUGAGCGCUUCUACAUUGCUUCAUUGACAUGUAAAGCAGUCAGGAGAGCUGGUCGAGAAAGUAAUUCAGCUUUCUGAUGAUGAAGGCUCAAGAACCAGUCUUCAAGGCAAAACCUGAGCAGGAGCGGCUGUGUUUGCUCACUUUAGGACCUUUACCUCUUCAACAACGAUUUUAUUGUGAGCUUCCGGGAGUAAGGAGCUUCUGUUUUUGCUCGUUGUUGUUGCCUAGACAAAAGCCUGUGCCAUGAUAAGUGUGUUAGGCUUUUAAGAGGCCUCAGUUCAUGAACGUGGAUUGGGUGCCUUUUGCACCAGGAUGGCUGUGGCAGACUAGUAAGUCCAGAUGACUCAAACAAGUGAACCAAUCUAGAUCCCGCAAUAUGUUGUUGGGCUUCUACUUCCAUCAUCUCUUACCACUGGUUGGGGCUGAUGGGAGUUACGAGUCCAACAACAUCUGGAGGGCCCCAGGAGAGGGAAGGCUCCCCUGAGAUAAGGUAAUUCCUGCCACCAUCUGAAAUUAUUAUUAUUAUUACUAUUAUUUUAUGUAUAUCCUGCCUUUUUCCCAAACCGGGACACAAGGUGACUUACGGAUAAAAUAGAAACAGGUAAAAAACAUGGGGAAAACUUACUAAACAUUAAUAAAAGUAAAACAAUUUAUAAAACAGAUUUAUUAAAAAUCUAGAUAAUUACAAUAAAAACAUCACAGUGGUUCUCAAAAGCCUUCACCUGGCAAUGCAAGGACAACAAGGAGGGAGCCAGUCUAGCUUCUCUAGGGAGGGAAUUCCCAAGUCUGGGAGCAGCCACCACUGAGAAGGCCCUCUCCCGUGUCCCCACCAUGUGUGCCUGUGAAAUUGAGUUUAUUGUCUUCCCUUUUUAAGGGGAGUGCCAAAAGUGUUACUGUUAAAGGAGUAGUGCUGGUGCUGAUGCCUUUUUAAAGGAAUGAGGCUACCUGGAAGCCCCAUCCAUGGGUGUUGGAAAUGGUGUUGUAGGUUACUGGGUACAGUAUCUUUUUCUUGGUGCCUUUGGUGAAGGUUGCCUCUGAAUCUGAGUCAGAUGCCACAAAGGGGAAAAAAUAGGUUGUUUGGUUCUGUGGGGAACAUGCUGAACCCACAGCCUAGAUCAUGGGUAGGCAAACUAAGGCUCUGGGGGCCAGAUCCGGCCCAAUCGCCUUCUAAAUCCGGCCCAGGAAUCAGCGUGUUUUUACAUGAGUAGAAUGUGUGCUUUUAUUUAAAAUGCAUCUCUGGGUUAUUUGUGGGGCAUAGGAAUUCAUUCAUUUUUUCUCCCAAAAUGUAGUCCGGCCCCCCACAAGGUCUGAGGGACAGUGGACUGGCCCCCUGCUGGAAAAGUUUGCGGACCCCAGACCUAGAUCAUCUUGCUGUGCUGAUUUAGAUUGCAGAUGGGGAUUACAUGAUUAAAUAAAUAAAUAAAUAAAUAUCCACAUAGGAAACUAGCAAGCUACGGCAAAACUGUGCUAAAACUCUCCUCCCUUUAUAGGGAGUUUUUAGUUUCUUUUCCAUGAGAAAGCACCCAGCCUUGAGAGAGAGCACCUGCCACGGUUUGGUCUGGACCUGGGGCCUCCUGGUGAGCUAGACCCACGCCAUGCAGGGCUGGCUGCUUCCCCUGGCCGGUCUCAUCCCGCUCCCCUCGCCCAGAUUCCAUUCCCAUCCUGGGCGGCAGCUGCCGGGGGCCAUGGGGCUAUUUUUAACCCCCCGCCUGCCUCUGGUGUCUCUGUGCACAUUUGGGCUCUGGCGGGGAGGAGGGUUCUGAGCUCACAAGGUAUUAAUUCCUCUUUUACUAAGGAGGGGAGCAUGUGGACAGAUAAGGUGCCCAGCUGCCGGCAUGCUUUGCUGAGGCAGUCUUCUGUCUCCAUCCCAGGGCCCGUCACUCCAGCCUGGCUUUCACGCCAGAACCGGCAGCUCCUGCCCAGAUCUGGGAGCUUUGCUCUGAGGAGUAUCUUCUCCCUGGGGAAGGCGUCAGGAACAGAGCAGGUCUUCUCCCCUUGCCCUCCCCCCAAAUACACACCUUCCUUUGACAAGAACUGGAAGAUCAGCAGAGAAAAGGGUGCCAGCUAAUUUCAUUUUAUGCUUGGCCACGAAUCGCUUCCCUGUGUAUCUUUGGAGAUGGGGGAAACGAUGCAAGAGGGACUAGGAGGCAGUAGGUAUGUCUAAAAUUAUUGUGAAAGGAGGGUAGUGGUGUUAUUUUAUUGUGCCAUUGAUGUGCAUGGCGUUUUACAAAACGAUAUAAACCUAAAAGAGAGGUCCCUGCCCUGAGGGGCUUACUCUCUGAAUUUUGACAGAGGGGGAGAUGGGAGGUUUAAGAAUAUGAGCAAAGAAAAGUUACAGUUCCUUAAACUUUCUGUUGGGGGGGGUGAGAAUUAAUGCCCAUGUGGUUCGUCCUCUCCAGAGGUGACUCUCAGGUUGGAAGCAGGCAAAGGAUAAACAGCUGCUUACAGAAGCAGGAUAAACAUGAAUUAAAAAGUAAAUGACAUAAUUGGGAAUUGAGAUGCUCCUGACAAGUCUCUCUUUCUCCCCCUGCCCCCCCCCUCCGGCCAACUCUUCCAGGCCACUGAGUCCCUCCUGCUCAGAUGACGCUCCAAGCACCCCUCCAGUACCCCCCUUGCCUUUCCCCGCUGUGAUCGGAGGAGGGCAGCUGGGAUCUGAUGACGAGGAACAAGAGGACCCCCGAGAUUACUGCCGAGGUAUUUGGGCAAUGUGGGGAGUGGGGCAGGCUAUUCUUCCCCCAAGCUGGGACAGAUUAGGGGCUUUCUGUUUGGAAUUGUAAGUGAGGUGGGCAGUACCAGGUGCAGAGAGCAGAUAAACAAAGGAAGACUGCAUUGCCUUCAUACCCUCUGCUUGUUGAGUUUCUAAAGUUGCUCUUGUUUCCAGCAAGACAACCCAGAGAGCUAGACCCUUGGUCUGGUCCAGCAAAGCACUCUUCUGUGCCCCUAAAGAAUAACAACAAAACUGUUCAAUGUCUUUAGAAAUUGCCCACAUGCAGUACUAGAACAUGGGUGAGAAACCUGUGGGCCUUCCAAUGCUGUUGAACUACAGUUCCCACAAUCCCUGAUCUUUGGCCAGGUUGGCUGAGGCUGAUGGGAUCUGUAGUCCUCCAAAUGCUGUUGGGCCAGAAGUAACCCACCCCAGCACUAGGUGCACCGUGGUCCAGGGUGGCAAUUGUGCUGGGCCAGGACGUUCUCUGUGACUCUGGCAACUGGUAUAACUAACCUAUCUUCCCCUUGUUGCCUUGCUAGGUGGGUAUUACCCGGUAAAGAUUGGGGACCUGUUCAACGGGCGCUACCAUGUGGUGCGGAAACUCGGCUGGGGGCACUUUUCGACUGUCUGGCUUUGUUGGGACAUUCAGUGAGUAUGGCAGGGUGGGGAGGCUUCAUUUCUGUCCCCUACCAGAGAAUUAAGGAGUGAAGGCUAGUACAAUGGACUUCACUUUCCUGAAAAAUGGAAAAAUCAAAGGCAGCGUUUUCUAACUGGCCAGAUUAUGGAGCAACAAAGGGAGGCUGUGUGAAGCGAGAAAUAAGGGAGGAAGAAUUAAGGGAAAUGGAAAUACUCAGGAAGUGAUUUUUAUACCAUAUACAGUGGUACCUCUGGAUGCAAAUGGGAUCCGUUCCGGAGCCCCGUUCGCAUCCUGAAGCAAACGCAACCCGCGUCUGCGCGUGCGCUGGUUGCGAUUCGCCGCUUCCACACAUGCGCGUGACGUCAUUUUGAGCGUCUGCGCAAGUGGCGAAACCCGGAAGUAACGCGCUCUGCUACUUCUGGGUCGCUGCGGAGCGUAAGUUGAAAACGCUCAACCUGAAGCACAUUCAGCCCGAGGUAUGACUGUACUGUAGAUUCCUAGCAAGGAGAAGAAAAAGAGAGGAAUGUGCUGAGGGCUUAUAUGGUCAUGAUUGUUCUGCUGCUCUUGAGGGCUAGAAGCUUGCUUAAAUUUAAACAUGUUGUCAUCGUAGUUAUUAGUUUGUACAAAAGCCCAUUUGAGCCUUUGGAACCACACAUUGUGAUCAUUUUACCCAGUCUAAGUCCUUAGCAGGAGGGCUGAUAAGGUUGGAAAUGCAAAUCCAGAGGUUAUUCACAGGAUUGCAGCUUUUUACCUGUAAUUAGGUAUUCCAAAGUAGCCAACGUCUUCAGUAAGACGCAAUGGGGUGGGGGCAGAAACUCAGCCUUUCUUACCAGGCUGCUGAUUAUUAAGUACAAACUAAUUGAUGGGCAUAAAGGGAUUGCCUAAUCUGUAUUCACAGAUUCUGGGAAGACCCAUGAGGAUGGGGAGGGGGGGUCCUUGAGUGUGUGUGGGACAAGGAGAAGGGUGGGCAUGGUAGUCAAGUGUCUUAAUAGCAGAGGAACUUGCUGUUUCCUACUGCAUAAAUCGUUAAGUAUUCCCACUUUGCUUUUAUGAAUUUGUUAUUAUUUUGUAAUCACUACUAUGUCCUUAACUUGUUUUAUCUGAGAAGUCUUGAUGCUCCUGUGGAGAUUACAAAGUGGGGGGCAAAAUUUUAAAAAAAAGGUGGAAAGGGGGAGCCAGGACUAACCAGUCCUUUUCUUCUCUGUCUCCCCCCGCAAGGCGGAAGCGUUUUGUGGCCCUCAAAGUGGUGAAGAGCGCUGUGCACUAUACAGAGACAGCCGUGGAUGAGAUAAAGCUGCUGAAAUGUGUGAGUUGUCCUCCUUGCCCAUCCCUUUCCCCAGUUCUGGGGGCCCUGUAGAAGGAGUAGUGAUUAAAUAAAAGGAGACGAAGUUUGUGAGAUUUUGGCAUACUUGGAACCCCUUCUGCUUGGGAGCCCUGAGCCAUAAACUACCGGUGCUCAUGUGUAUGCCGCUCUUUAUUAUUUUAUCUGAUCCCUUGGACAGCCUAGGCUUGGAGCAGAUGAAGCACCCCUACCCUGGAUCCAUUUGCUCUGUUUACUAUCUAGAUCCCACCCUUUGCUGUCAGACACAGUGUCUUCUGUUCCCUUAGCCAAUCUAAUCUGUUUCUCUCCGUAUGACCUGGACUACAACUUCCAUCAGCCCCAGCAAACACUGGGUGCUGGUAAGGACUCGUGAGAAUUGCAGUCCAAUAUGUCUGGAGGGCACCCCGGAUUGGGAAACAGUGUUCAAAACUCCCAUUGUUUUAGACAUAUUUUGCAACAGGGAAUUUCAUUAGCACAAGCAGUUUCUGAGCUCUGGGCGCAGUACUGCACCUAAGAUUUCAGAUUAAAACUGCAGAGUGGAAGGAAAGGAGGAGCUUUUUCUGCCUCCCCACUUCCAACUAUUCUCUGAAGACUGGAGAAGAGAUCCUCUUAAGAAUAUUAGGGGGGAUGGGCAGGGGAAGGACUAGACCAUGUGAAAAAGGAACGUAAUAUUUUAGUUGCAGUUCAUUCAUUUUCAGCUUUGUGUUCUUGUUCUAAAAAAAGCGUGCCUAGACAUUUUGUUGUUGCGUCCAUAACUUAGGUUUAAGGUGCCAUUUAGCACCUAGCCUUCAUAUCUCAGUUUCUAACACUGUUAAGAAAGGCUGCCUUAGAGCAACGUGAAAAGUACGAGUCUACAGGAGAGCCGACUCUCAGCUACCCGGAGCAGAGAGUUUGGUUUGCUACUCUGACAUUUGAAGUAGAUUCCUAAUAAACAUUCCUUCUUCCCCAUCCCACACAAAGACACUAUUUCCCUAUUCUAAACAGUGUUUCUUUGUGGAAUAUUGUUUGGAAAUAAUAAUGGAUUUGACAGUUUGGUUCAACGUUUGAUGCCCGGCUAUAGGGGAGCCCUUGCCAUGGGCAUAGCCAAGGGGGACAGCUCCCCCCCCGAUCAAGUAAUGAAUAGAAAUAUUUAAUUAACUGACCAAUCGUGUCAUUUCUGCCCCCCUAAAAAAAGUCCUGGCCCCCCUAACAAAAAUCCUGGCUAUACCCAUGGCCCCUGACAUCAGAAAUACAGUGGAAGUGUACCCAAGUUGGGGUUUUUUUCAGCUGUGACAUCUAUGAUUUAAAACAUCCUCCCAAGGAUGGUUUGCCUGGCUCUAUCAUUGCUCACUUGUGGAUAGGCAAACAAAGGCAGUUUUAUUCCAGGGAGCUUUUGGAGACUUAUCCCUCUUUAUGCUGGUUCUGCCUUUAGGGUUUUUAAAGUCCUGUUUGGACUGCUUUGUGGCUUUACUUAUCCCCCCCCCCUUUUCUAUAAUGUUUUUAUUUAGAUUGUAAAUCUCUUUGAGUGGAUCAGGUGGGAUAUACAGUGGUACCUCGUCAGGUUACAUACACUUCAGGUUACAGACUCCACUAACCCAGAAAUAGUGCUUUAGGUUAAGAACUUUGCUUCAGGAUGAGAACAGAAAUCGUGUUCCGGCGGCGUGGCAGCAGCAGGAGGCCCCAUUAGCUAAAGUGGUGAUUCAGGUUAAGAACAGUUUCAGGUUAAGUACGGACCUCCGGAACGAAUUAAGUACUUAACCUGAGGUACCACUGUAAACCCUGAGAAUUAUUAUUUUUUAAGUAUGAUUGGGAUUGUACAACUUCAUAGUGCAGUGAGGGAUUGGACUCCCUCACAUUAAUAAAAGCUCGCUACGCUUUGAGUACCAGCAGAGAUUCUAUUGUAACCUACCCAUUCUUCACACGGGGCCUUUUUUAUUUCUAGGGAGUAUUUAAGCAUGCCAUACUUCACCUCCAGCCACAUAGGCCCCACACAUCUUCCUUCAAGGUGGGUGGUGGGAUUUCAAUUAGGAGGAUCUGGUUGGAUCAGAAGCCUGGUCAGUAUCAAGGUUUCUUGGAAGGACCCACCUGCUAGAGUGUCCUGCUAACAAGUUAUUUACCACAGAUGCGACAUCUCUACAUUUUUUAAUCUCCAGGUUGGCAACUGGGGAGGGUGGGCCGUUUUGACCCAAGGGCUUCUGUUGAUGACUGUGAUCUAGGAUGUGUCAUUUCCCCCUUUUUUUUUACUUUCCAGGUGCGAGACUCUGAUCCCUGUGACCCCAAGCGUGAGAACAUUGUCCAAUUGAUUGAUGACUUCAAGAUCUCAGGGAUCAACGGUGUCCGUAUCCUUCCACAAGCAGGCCCAGAAAACCAUAGGUGCUCCUGUUCAGAUUGUUAGGAGCCACUAUUGACUUCCAAAACUAUGGUUUCUGAAGGUAUCUCUUGGGUGAAUGUCUAGGUCAGGACAAAGCUUUCUCUGCUACUUCUUAGACCAGAAUGGUGUGGUUGUUUUGUUGGGGAAACAUUCAAAGAGCAGUACCAAAUUCUUCAUACAGAUAAAAAGUUAGCAUAUUCAGCAGAAAGUUGAUCUUGCAACCUGGUUUUAUAUGCUCAGGAAUGUUUUUUCUGUAGGGGAGCGUUCAGUCCUGCAUUCUGCCUCCUGCUAUAUGACAUGAUACAGUCCAGAGACAGUUGGAGCAAGCAAUGAACUUUCUGUUUGGAUCAGGCCUAUGAGGAUGGACAUAAACAGUUGCAGUCUGCUUCAGAUGAUUGUUUUAUUGUUGGACAGAGGCACAACUGUUGUUAGGCCACACCCUCCAGGUCAUGUCACUGUCGGAAAAGAAUCAUACAUUGGCCUGAGAUGAAUUGCAAUUUAUUUUUGCUGGGAAGGUGUUUUUCCUCUCCCCCCAUGAUGGGUGUUUGGAAUGUUGCAUUUACUGUAGCUGUUCAGCGUCGAAGGAAUCUAUUGGCUAGUAGCUGUGACACUUCUGAUGAUGACCAGAACCUUCUCCAGUAUGCAUACACACACACACACACACUAUGACUUUUUGAGAGCUUAAAAAUAAAAAUUGGUGGCUGUGCUCAUUGCUGUUCCAUUUUUCGUAGGCGUUCUCAUGUAGCCUCUUAAAAAAUAAAUGGUAAAUAGGUGAGGACAUGGGAAAAGCCAGCAAGGCUACCUGUGCUCUACAAUUCCCUGCCACAUUUAAUGAAUAGUUCUGUUUCUGUGUUCUGGCUGUGUGCUCCCACAAGCCUCAGCUGGCAUGGCCAGUUGUCAAGGAUGGUGGGAGUUUCAGUCCACAACAUCUACCUUAUUUAAUUAGACACAAAGCAGCAAGCAUGCAGUCAUUCCCUGCAGAUAAUGCUACUCCUGCUAUUGAAUGAGAUGUUCCGGAAAGGAAUCCCAGUUUUGUCAUCAUGUGGAAAGUUGCAUGGUUUUCACACAGUGGCCAGUUGUCAGUAGGUGAAUGUCUCAAAACAUUCAGUGUUCUCCUCCUCACUGAACACUGGCACAGUUUCUCUUCCAUAUCUGAUUUUAAGACAUUAAAAACACCACAUUAGUAAUAUGGGGGAAAUGAGGGUUGUCAUAGUGUUCUGAUACAUCGCUCAGACCUAGGGAAAUCAUUUUAGCUUACUGUGUCUCCUUGACUCGACCUCUGCCCAGAUGUCUGCAUGGUCCUUGAGGUUUUAGGACACCAAUUAUUGAAAUGGAUCAUCAAGUCCAACUACCAGGGACUUCCUAUACCCUGCGUCAAGAGCAUCCUACGCCAGGUAAAGAGUGGAUUUAUUUUAAAUCCAGUUGGGAUCUGUUUGUAACAUCGGGAUCAUUUCAACCCUUCUUUAUUUAGGCUGCUUAGAUUUAGGUUACUUGUAUUAUAUUCAAAAUCACUGGGAGGUUGAAUCAAACAAGCCACACAACUUGAGCAGAAAUGAAGGUGUCUGUAUGUUGGGGAUGGGGGUAUCAUAUGGUUGAGUUCUUUCUGGAGUAUAGUUUUAGACCACCAGUGGGAUAUUGCAUGUUGUAUUGCUUUCCAUGAAAGAAAACUCCAGUCUCUGCAUAUGGAAAGCUAGACCAGUGUUUCCCAAACUUGGGUCUCCAGCUGUUUUUGAACUAUAAUUCCCAUCAUCCCUGAUGGCUGGUCCUGCUAGUUAGGGAUUAUGGGAGUUGUAGUGCACAAACAGCUGGAAACCUCGGUUUGAGAAACACUGAGCUGGACCAUUGAGGUGAAGGCUAGACUAAAAUCCAUCUUGAUGGGAGGGGAUUCAGGUGAACAGAGGAACAUGAGUCUAUUUGUUGAAGAGAGGCUGGGGCCUAAGGCAGUCAUUCCCAAAUCUAGUCCUAGAGCCAGUGUGGUGUAGUGGUUAAGAGCGGUAGUCUCGUAAUCUGGGGAACCGGGUUCGCAUCUCCGCUCCUCCACAUGCAGCUGCUGGGUGACCUUGGGCUAGUCACACUUCUUUGAAGUCUCUCAGCCCCACUCACCUCAUGGAGUGUUUGUUGUGGGGGAGGAAGGGAAAGGAGAACGUUAGCCGCUUUGAGACUCCUUAAAGGGAGUGAAAGGCGGGAUAUCAAAUCCAAACUCUUCUUCUUCUUCUAUCUAGGGGCUGAUAUUGCACACACAUCCUUCUGCUCUUGAAGAGGGUUCUGUAUCUUGAGCACAUGCACACGGUCCAUGGUAGUUAACAAAAUUCCAGGCUCUGAGGUUCCCAGUACAGUGGUACCUUGGGUUACAUACGCUUCAGGUUACAGACUCCACUAACCCAGAAAUAGUGCUUCAGGUUAAGAACUUUGCUUCAGGGUGAGAACAGAAAUCGUGCUCCGGCGGCACGGCGGCAGCAGGAGACCCCAUUAGCUAAAGUGGUGCUUCAGGUUAAGAACAGUUUCAGGUUAAGAACAGACCUCCAGAACGAAUUAAGUACUUAACCCAAGGUACCACUGUAUAAGCUCUGUAGUUCCUGAUACCACAACCUCUGUACUCGGAAACCCUUGAAUUCUCCCAUUUGAUCAUGCAUCUCCCUUCCCAGGUAUUGCAGGGCCUCGACUACCUCCACACGAAGUGCAAAAUAAUCCACACAGACAUAAAGCCAGAGAACAUCCUGCUGUGUGUAGAUGAGAGUUACGUGCGCCGCCUGGCAGCUGAGGCCACUGUCUGGCAGCAAGCUGGGGGCCCGCCCCCUUCUGGCUCUGCAGGUAAAUAGUCACACCCUCCCCAUGUUCUUUUAAUCUUUAUAGUGGCACAUCUUCUUUAGAAAGAAGAGGAUAAUCCCUGGCUCCAUUCUCCCGCCUACGUUAGACAGGCAAGACCAGGGUUGGCAAGUGGAAAAGUUGGAGACUUUAGCAGGAAGUUAAGCAAGCACCUCUUUCCAAUUGACUUAAUAACUAAUUUUAGUGUAGUAGUGCCUGUGUUUGCAUUUACUGAACUGUGACUAAAUUUUAAAUACCCAGUGAAUACCCAAGACACCUCUACAUCGUUCCAUCCUUAUUACAUCAUGAUUAUUAUCGGUCUGUUGCGAUGUUUAGCUGGUGAUAUAUUGCAGUGUUGACAACCAAGUAUCGCCCAACCCUACAAGACAUAUGGGUGAAGUUUGAUUGCAGGAAUCAGAGUAGUAGCAAGUGAGCCAAUAAUACAAGUAUAGUGAUGCUAAAUAAAUCAAAUUGUCCACGGAAUCCUUGGCAAAGCAUAAAACAGGAAAAACUUUGACUGAAUUGUGGAGUGCGGUAGAGGAGAGUCAACUGGGAAGAUGUGCAGAAAAAUUGAAGCUACAAUGGUUCAUGAAAGGCUAGGCCCCUAGUUGGCAACUAUUUACUGUUUAUUUACUACUUUAAUACGGAGAUUGCAGGCAUACACACAGGGUUGCUUCCUAUGUUAAUCCUACUCAAGAGUAGAUCCACUGAAAAUAAUGGACCUAACUGAAGCAUAGCUCUGUUAAUAUAACUGAGUUGGAUAUAACCUGCACUCUCCCUUUGCAACUGAAUUGUCAGAAAGUUGCACCGCUCUUGCCAUCACUUUUCCCACCCAGACUCUUGCCUCUCUGACUCAGCAGGUGGAGGACCCGGCUGGUGCAGUUGCUGAUCUCCAGACAGCAGCCUUAAACAUAGUGCAGGAAGAGUGCGUGUGUGCAUGCACAUAAUUGAGUAGAGCAGCUCUCCCCAGUCUCCCUACUUGUUACUGAUGGCCAUGGCUGUGUGUCACUCCAGUCCAUGGAUAAGGAACCUGUGACCCUCCAGAUAAUGUUGGACACCAGCUCCCAUCAACCGCAGUCGGCAUGGCUAAUGGUUAGAGGUGGAGGUUUAGAGAGCAGCUCUAAUGAGUAUCUGCACAGGAACUCGAGAUUAUGCUAAGGAUCUCCAGAAGUGGUGACUGCACAUUCAAGACCAAGCAGGGUAGACUUGUAGGAUGAUUGAUGGGAGGAAAGGAGAGGGCAAGAAUCACAACAUCACUCUGUGGGCCAUGGACUACCAGCCAUGGCCUAGAAUGUCAAUCCACCCUCACUAGGGAGCUUGGCUGCCUCCCACAUCCUCUCCCCUAUAUUUAUCUUCACAGUGUUACGGAUUGUUGUUUGUUUGCCUUAGACUUCCUGGCUGUUGGAUUCUGGGAAUCAUUUCUGUCUCUUUCUCUCCCUCUUUUCUCUCCUCACUCCAUCUGUGCACCUCUUCCCUCAGUCAGCUCUGCACCCCAGGAGAGCCUGGUAAGUCUCCUCUUGGUGCCACUACCCCUUUCAAAGGUGGUGGAAAAACUAAGUUUAGAAUUGGUAAUUAUUGUUGCUGUAUUCUGUGGCCUUGUGUGGAUGGAUGGGCCUCCCCCUGCCCCCUGUUUUGCAAUUCGCAUACAAGAUUCUCAUGGUCACACCUGUAUUUACCAACAGUCCAGGCUUAACAGGACCCAGCCACAGACAAUUUUUCACAUGUGCCAGAGAUGUCUGCAGCCUUUACUGGAUACAAAAACAAAGUGCAGAGAGAGGCAAGAGCUUCACAGCCUUGUGUGGGUUGUACUUUGUUCUGUGUGGCACACAGUUAAUUUAACUGUGGCACUGCCCUGCAGUGUGAGAAUGCACCUGUGCACUGGCCUAAGCCUCUCUUUGUGAGGGCUCACAGCUCAGCAGAAAAGCACAUGCUAUGCAGAAGUCAGUCCCUGGCAUCUCCCAUUAAAUGGCAUGUUUAGCAGAUGAUGGAAAAGGUCCAGGGAGCUGCUGCCAAGCGGAAAAGCUGAUACUGAGCUGGAAGCACAAAAUAGUCCGACCUGCUCUAAGGCCGUUCCCCGUGUUCCAGUCAUUGUGCCUGCCUGGUUCCAGUUGUGUCACUUCAAAGAAGGGCAGAAGUGUUCAUGGGAAACAUAACGUACACAAAUAAGGCAGAGACAGCAUUGCAAAUUCAUUUUUCAUUUUCAUGUAGCACACACAUUUGAUAGAUAGACAGAUUAUCCCAUAAAAGUGUACCAGAUUUGAUUCCUCAUUUCUGAAAUGUCCCCAUGUUGGGACUGGCUGAGGACUGGCUCUUGUCCACUUUUCCAAGAUUGCACUUCAACUUGUAAAGCCAUCUGAUGAUUUCCAAAGACUCUGCACUCUCUUCUGUGGACACUCUUUGCUUACCUGCGCUGCCUGUCACACUUCUUUGGGUUUUUCUCUUUGGCCUUUAUGUAGCAAAUCCCAAGCAGGGACAAUGCACUCUCGAUUCUGCCUGUGCCAGUAAGGGGGACAAGAAGGCAUGCAAGUGUGAACACAAAAAAGGAGAGAGUUUUGGACCAGGGAAACCACAUCUUACAGCUAGCCUUAGAGAAAUCAAGGAAGCCAGUUCUUUUUUGAUAGUCCAUCAGAAGCCAGCCAAGAGGAAGUGCAACCAGCUUGACCACUUGCUUUCUUACCAGACACAAAGCUGCUACAAGAUAGAAGUUCUUUGGUUAAUGCAGCAGAGCCUUGUGUAUUUUGACUUGUUCCCUCCUUGCAUUUUCUGUACAGAUGAGUCCAUAUCCCAAGUGCCAUGAUGCCAGUAUGUUGUAACGUGACUUCUAGGUGCACAUGUGAAGGGGAUAGAAUAUUAUUAUUCAUUUUAUUAUUAAAUUUGUAUACCACUCUUCAUCCAAAGACCUCAGGGGAGUUCACAGCAUAAAAAUAAAACAUUAAAUACAUAAUAAAAACAAGAACAAAACAAACACUUUUAAAAGGAUGUGUGAUGGUAAUCAGCCAAUACAGGUUUAUGGGCUUGCAUGUAGAUAAAAAUCUUUCCUUAAAAUCGCAUAAUUCCUGACUCGGUUCUUGCUGUUGCUGCUGCCCCGUUGUUACUCCUGCUGUUCUGUUGUGUUAGUGCUGGAUAGGGCAUUGGUUGUUGCUCAGCUUUGCUGGAAAGACAAAGGGUCAUAAUUCAUAUGCUCAUCCCAUAGCAUUUAGUUGUUUAUUUUGCCCACCCAUCUGCCUGCUUUAUUUUUCCACCUUAAAAACACCAGUUUGCAUAUAUCAUCACACACAGAGAGAGAGAUUUGCAUCCCUUUUUGCUUGUGGAAGUGCAAGAUGGUGUCCUCUCGCACACCCAUUAUGGUUUCUUUGUCUUCUCAUUCCCAGUUUCACGCCCUUCAUGCCUUGUGUGUGUUCUCUGGAGUUCAUGCUUCUGCCACCGAGCACACCCUUGUUUCUGUACGUCAUUUAUUUGUUCCUGCACCUGCUUUUGCUUUAACCCAGCCAGGCCUAACCCAAGACAUUUUACUACAGGGGUGGCUAAGCCUUUUGGGGCAGAAGUCCAGAGUGGCCCAUGGCCACCCUCUGAGGGCUGCAUGGUAAAAUGGGCACGGCCAGAUCAUUACUUUCCUUCCAAAGUAAGGCUGUUCCUUUAUUCUCACAGAUUCAUUCCAUUGGUAGUUUCUUUAUUUUCUUCCAUUUAUUUUUUAACUGAUAAUGUGUUCCAUCCAACGUGAAAGAGCGUCUCCACCCCCAUCGUUCUACCCGGACACUGAGGUCCAGCACCGAGGGCCUUCUGGCGGUUCCCUCACUGUGAGAAGCCAAGUUACAGGGAACCAGGCAGAGGGCCUUCUCGGUAGUGACGCCUUCCCUGUGGAACACCCUCCCACCAGAUGUCAAAGAGAACAACAACUACCAGGCUUUUAGAAGACAUCUGAAGGCAGCCCUGUUUCGGGAAGCUUUUAAUGUUUGAUGUAUUAUAGUAUUUUAAUAUUCUUUUGGAAGCCGCCCAGAGUGGCCGGGGAAGCCCAGCCAGAUGGGCGGGGUAUAAAUAAUAAAUUAUUAUUAUUAUUAUUAUUAUUAUUAUUAUUAUUAUUAUUAUUGUCAGGCAGUUCCAUUCCUUAAUCUCUCCAAACUCAUUCUGUUCAUUUUUUUUAAAAAAAACCCUUAUUUAUUUCCCCUUAUUAUUCCUUCAGAGUCCCUCUUUUCCCUCCCAGAUGCAUCUCAUUUGCAAUUAAUAGGUGGUGCUGCCUUGUUUCAUUUCUGUUGUUCCUAUUCACUUCAUUUCUGUUCACUUCUGGCUGUAUUACAGUAUUUCUCCCAUUUUGAUUUCCCACAUUGAGAGAUCAUUAGUCAUUGGCUGCUGUAGUCAUCACAGUGGGAUAAACAAUGCAAUCAGCCAUGCGCAGAAGGAAAGAGAAUUGGUUGUUAAUGGGUAGGGCUGUUAAUGGUGCUCCUGGAAGCACUGCUUUAGAAAGCAGUGAGGUGCCUUAGGGAAGCCCAGUUGCAAAUACCCAAGUAAAGUUAAGGUUUUUAGAGGCUGGGUGGCCAUCUGUUAUGGAUGCUUUAGUUGAGAUUCCUGCAGUGCAGGGGGUUGGACUAGAUGACCCUCAGGGGCCCUCCCAACACUAUAAUUGAUUGUGGGGGAUGUUGGGAUUUAAGAGCUACAGUGCCUGCAAGCCACCCAGAAUCUCACACACACACACACACACCGGUGCUUUGCAGGAUCACAGCAGAUGUUGGGCUCCAAUAUUUGAAUUGUGCACAAUUUUCUUGACACCCCUAAAUAUAUUAUCAGUGAGGGACCACUCUCUUCUGCAGUUGGUCUGGCCCAGCUUUUUUAUAGGCCCAGCCCUUACAUUUGGCUUGUGCCUUUACACAAGUCCUUGUUUCCUUGUAGGACUAGUGUUCAGUGAGGUGUUUGAGCCGUAGCACUGAGGUGGGUGCUCACUUGAGUAAAAUGUUCCUGCAUAAAUAAAUAACUGCACAUAGAAAACUUAAUGUUUUUUGGGGGAAGGGCCUUGUCCAUCUUGCCUUCUUCCUCGACAUGCUAGUUUUUGUGUGGCAGAAAUUAUUUUGUUUGGGGUAGCAUUUCAGGUAGGAGAAUCCCCGUUUGUAACCAGAAACAGGCUGACCACUAGGCCUCAUUUGCUCACUUGCUCUUGCAUCUGCUCUUACAGAUAUGUAAUGCCUUUCUUCUUCUUCUUGCUACAUCUUUCUCCUCAUUCAUCCUUUGCCCGCCCCCAUUUCUUUGCACACAACUACUCUCUUGCAAGCUGUGUGUUUUGCUGUGAAAUUGCACCCCGCUGUUUUGGGGUUCUGGCACUGCCCACUGACACUUUGAGUUGCUUCCUGGUGAUUCCCUUGGUUUGUUCCUUCUCCUUCUCCCGUUCUCUACCCCAAACCUCAGGGCCUGCCAUGUGGCUCCUUUGCAUGCUCCCCCCCCAACCCCCGCUCACUUUCCCAUGCAGCCCUGGAAUUGUAAGUAACAGGGCUGUGACAUGGGGUCAUCUCAUCUCCCAGAAUGGGAAGCUUUCGAAGAACAAGCGGAAGAAACUGAAGAGGAAGCAGAAACGACAAAGUCAGCUCCUGGCAGAACGGCUCCGGGACCUUCAGCAGCUGGAGGAACUGGCGACCCUGGCAGCAGGAGAUGCCAGCGAGCCCACAGCAGAUCCAGGUGAGGUUGGGAGAGGGAAGUCAGCUGCUGUGGGGUGCAGCUGGUUCUCUUGUGUGGUCAGGUCUGGAGGCUUGACAACCACCCCCCAAUCUUUGCAUACUUACUCUCACACCCUUUUGUGCAGCUUAAAAUAUUUGAGCUUGUGCCCCUUCACUGCCUCCCCUACACUUGUACGCUAGCAUUUACAUUGCCUAUUGUUUGUUCCUGGCAUUUACAUGGGUCCAUUUCACGUGCCAUCAGAAUAAACCAUAGUUAACGUUUUAUUGUGAAUGUACCUUUCUAGGCUGUUGUUCUCCUCCCUCCUAGUGCACGGAGGAAAUGAAGGCCCCUGGCUUAGCGUUCUGUCUGAACCAGGGAUCUUACUCUAAGCAACCCAUGACUAGUAAGCUAAGAACGAAUAUUGGUUUAUCAUUGUGGUUUGUUUGGAGCAAAACAAAUGGCAACUCGGUCGCUGGCUGAAAUGUAAUGUUAAGCCCAGGGGUAAUGGUUUGUUUCUCCCCAAUGCUAGCAAGAAGCAGCAAAGUGGAUCCAGUUGCCUUGCAGUAAAUAGGUUUAUUUUUGAACAUUUUACAUCCUGACUCUUGAAAUGGGAUGUAGUCACCUCCUGAUUCUUACCUUUUUGGUGCCCUUUCACCUAUGCCUCUCCCUUCAGAAACAUAUAAUGCAACUCUCUUUCUCCUUUUCAAUCAGUGCUGUUCACAGCACACUUUUUAUGAUACCAGGAAACCCUGACCCUCCUCUUUCUUCUUCUGUAGACCUGCCUGACGGAGCCCCCAUCAUGGUCUCCACAGCUGGGGGGACAGAGCCCUCAGGGGGCUCUCUCGCUUGCAGCCCCCAGAGUCUGACAUCGUCUUCUGGUUUCUACACACACAAUGCCUAUGACAGCUGCAACGGGCACUCUCCACCUGGCACAGCCAGCCGCCAUUUCAGCCCUGACUCAGCAACCUCCGGCUUCUCAGGGUCCCUCUUCUCUGGCUCAGCCAUGUCAGGUGUCUCUAACCAGCGGGAGCGUGGAGGGCUUCUCUCCCCCAGCAGUGAGUAUCUCUCAUGGGUUUACAGGGGCAAGAUGACAAAGGAGCCAUGUAGGCCCAAACGCCCAAAAGCUGACUCUCCCUUUGGCCAGCUUUCUCUCAAGUUGUGAUAGCAGAGGCAAACCAUUAUUCUUAAUUAAAAUUUGAGGCAUCCUUCAGUCUUAUCACUCCAAAUAAUUAAUUUUAAGGAGAAUCACCUGUGUGUCUGUAUUAGUCACUGUUGCGUAUCCUCCUUCUGAGCUCAGGUCAUUCUGGCUCCAUUCCAGAUUUGUGUAGGGUUUACUCCUUAGCUUUUUCUUCUCCUGAAAAUAUCCUGCAAGCCAGUGAAAGUUUAGGAUCAGAGUUUCCUUCUAGAUAGGCUACCUUCUUAUGUUGACGAGCCCCAUCUUCCCCUCACGUCCCUCUUCAGCACAUGCAGAAACUGCCUUAUUGACUGCUGUACCCACUCUUGGUCUCGUCCACUCAAUCUGCUGGAGCCUGUCUUUGCAUGCCGGGGAAGUUCCUAACUCACCAGGGGUUGGAGACCCAUUGACUACCCUCACCUGGUUUAGCUGGCCAGUUGAGUGGUUAAAUUUGAAUAGCACAACUGUUAGGCUAAACCAUUGCUUACUACCCCUUCAGCAUCUGUGGAUGUCCCAUAAAAGUGGCCUUUGAAGGACUGUUUUGUUUGUUUUUCACCUGAUUCCCUGCCCUGGUCUGCCUCUGCAGCUUUUGGUACCUCUGAAUUCCUGGUGAACCCCUUGGAACCUCAAAAUGCAGACAAAAUCAGAGUGAAGAUAGCAGAUCUGGGAAAUGCCUGCUGGGUGGUGAGUUAUUGGAGCGCAUGUUGCUCACACCUCCUGAAGGGAGCAGCUCUGGUGGGGCUGUCUGUCGCAUGGGGAGUGGAAUGUGGUGGCUGCACAGAAGAGACUGGGAGCAUGUGGGCUGUUCGGGGACUUGAAGCUAUGGGCACCCUGUAUUUCCCACAUAAUGUGUAUUUCUGCAUUUACACUCUACACAGUUUUUGCUUCAAUUUUUAAUUAUUUGUGCUGUGGAAAUUUAAAAGAGAAGAGCACACACACACACAUUUCUUCAAUUGAAAAGAUUCUGAGCAUCUCAAGCUUCAGUGGAAGGAAGCAAACAUAUUGAUGUGUUUAUAAUUUCAACAUGUCCAGCUUUUAAGGUUCUUUAAAAAAUUAAAUGAGGGCUCCAUAUAGGGAGUAAAUUGAUUUGUAUCUUGGGGAAAGCUGCCAAGGAGGAAAAAAUACAUGGGAUUUAGUAAGGAGUGGCGAUGGUGGCAGUGGUCUGCCUUUUGGAAGGUACAUGUGGGGUUAACUAGGGCUCUGCUUUUGGUGAGCAGUGCAUAUAUGCUCUGGCUUAGGAAAUGGUAGUCACAGUGGGAGACACACACUGGAUUGGCCCACAGGGCGGCUGUUGAAGAGAGCAUGGGAUGUGGGUUCUACAUGUGCACAUAUGCGCAAGAGAGCAUGUCCGUACGUACAUAGGUAUGUCACAGGGAUGUUCCUCACACUCUCAAUUUCCUCAGCACAAACAUUUCACGGAGGACAUUCAGACUCGCCAAUACCGGGCACUGGAGGUGCUAAUUGGUGCCAUCUACAGCACUCCUGCUGAUAUCUGGAGCACAGCAUGCAUGGUAGGUUCACGGGGCUCCUUCCGCUUCUUGUGCCAUAUUCUGGUGGUGGUGGAGCUCGAUGUCGUUUGGGGUUUUCAACUAAAAAACAUGUCCACAAAUGUGGUCACCAUCUCGCCAUUGGUUAAGCAUAUUCUUUUAUUCUGGCGAGUCCAAACCUGGAGAUGGGCAAUGUGGGGUCUUGCUGACCGUGCACUGAAUCGCAAAGGCACUUGACUGUCAGUCACAAUGUUCAUAUGGAACUUCCAGCUUCAGAGGCAUAAUGCCUCAAAUUAAUACUUGUGGCCAGGGAGCUAAAGCAGGAGGGAGCUGUUGCACUCAUGCCCUUCUUACGGGUUCCUCGGAGGUAUCUGAAGGGCUGCUGCGGGAGACAGGAUGCCGAACUCGAUGAGUCUUUGGUGGGAUCCAGCAAGGCUCCACUCAAGCUCUUCUGCUGAAAAGCAGCAAGGUCCUUCCCUGAGGCUUUCUGGGUUCGGACCAAACUAAGCCUCCUGGUUUGGCUAUGCAAGGCUUUGUUUUGUCAGAAUUGAGUAUACACUUCCAGAGUUAACGCUAAAUACAUUACUUCUGGUAAAUGAGCCACCAUAGCCGCGAGAGGGCCAUGAAAAUUAUGUCCCAGGCUUUUUAGACUCAUCUACCCGUGUACUAUCUGAAACGAAAGGGGCGUAUUGGUUGCCAGAUGUGAAAUAUUUUGGCAUUAUUUUUAGCUCUCCUACCCUACUAAAAAUCAGGCCUUCCCUUUUGUCAGUGUAGUGACUGCUAUUUGUCAAGAUACCUCCCGCUUCCUUUGCAGGCUUUGCUUGUGUGGCUGUGUGCCAGAAUGAGCUGAAUGUUAGGUGGUUAAUGAGAUAUAAAUAUACUUCCUUUGUUGCCAACUCUACUUACAGUCUAAUAGCCGCACAUUUAAAAUCCUAACACAAAACAAGUACUUGAACCAAACACACUCUUUAGAAACUUUAUGCUUCUGACCUUUGCCCUUCCUGUGCUUUGCCAUUUUAUGCUUCUUUUGAAAUCAGUCUGCCUGGGCAAAGGAGGCGUGGCUUUUGGCAGGGACCCGGCUCCACCCAGCAGCUCUGGGGCUCCUGAGAGGGAACCCAUUUGGCAUUAAGUUUAAGAGGCGCUGAAUACAAGCCCCGCUGGAACAAUCAGAAGUGCACCUUAAGCCUCCUGACCGUCCCUUUGCAGCUGCAUCUUUACCUUUACCUUUACCCCCCAACCUGAUGUCGUAUAGCACACUGAGUGUGAGCAGGGGGACGUGGCUUGGGGAAAAGUCUGGCUUGCCCGUCUCACAGAUCGUCCACCCUGAGGCUUCUUUAAAAUGGCUCCUUGUGAUGUUUUUGUCAUGCAAUUAAGUCAUUCCUGCGCGAUUGCUUUCAAUGAAGUUUCCUCCAAAGCUGGUGCAAUUGCCGGAAAAGAAAAAGUUUAAGCUGCUUGGGAUACACAGACAUAUACACAUAUGUAAUAUGUAUAAUCCACAAUUUCUUUGCACCAACAUCUUAAUAUCAGCACGCGGUAAAAGCUGAUAACGCGGAUUCUACAUGACUGUGUGACGAAUAAGCCAGCCCUGCAAGACCCUCACACUCUAGGAAUGGCUCCUUCUCUGUUCUGCCUGCCUGAGUUUGAUACAUGAUAGAACAAAUAUUCAGAUGUCAGUCAUUGGUUCUGCCAAGUUUUCAUGGCAGGGUGUGUGUGUGUGCGUGUUCUCAUGCGCAUGCGCAGCAGAUGAUUCCCUUUGCUUCUUAGACCAGUGAGUAUGCCAGCUCAAAAACCUCCUCGAGAGGGUCAGGCAAUACCACAUGAGCAUUUCAGGCCUUGGGCUUAGCCUUCCUUGCUGGCCUGACUGGCUUCCAUGUACCGUAUUUUUCGCCCUAUAGGACGCACUUUUUCCCCUCCAAAAAUGAAGGGGAAAUGUGUGUGCGUCCUUUGGGGCGAAUACAGGCUUUCGCUGAAGCCUGGAGAGCGAGAGGCUCCGGAGGGUUGCGCAGAGCUGCCUGCAUUCCGAAGCCUCGGGUGCGCUGAAGAGCGUGCGGGCUUCACACAGCUGUCCACAAGCCUGGGGAGACCGGCGCGGCUCCCUAGGCUUGCGGAUAGCAGGCUGUUCUGGGGGCUGGGGUUGGGGGAAGCUCAGGCUUCCCCCACGCCAGCCCCGUGCCUGGGGGGGAAAUAAUUUUUUUCCUUUAUUUCCCCCCCCCCCAAAAAAACUAGGUGCGUCCUAUAGGGCAGUGCGUCCUAUGGGGCGAAAAAUACGGUAGUUCCCACCUUUGGCCAGAGGUUGGCACUGGCAUGCAGAACCACCUGGGUCCUGAUGUUUAGCUGAUCUGAAAAGUCACAACGGGCCAUGGGGAAGAGGAGAGAUUUCUUAACUGAGAGCCAGCCCACUCAUGAAGCAUCUGCCUUAGGUGGCAAAGGUGCAGGAGGCAGCACUCCGCCUGCCCCACUGCUUCCGUCGCCACCAGAACACCACCGUCACCAGGUUUCGACGAGAGGGAGGUGUUCCAGUGCACAGCAUUGCCACUCGUCUUCCCCCCUCUGCGGUAGAGAACUCAAGUAGCAAGGGCUUGUGGAACACUGCGUGUGGGUCUGGCAGAAGGCAGCCCAUUCAUGUGGUGAAAUAGGAUGGGCCACCCCUGCCUUAACUGCAUAACCUGAUGAUUCUCUUUCUUUGACAGGCAUUUGAGCUGGCUACUGGCGAUUACCUCUUUGAACCACACUCGGGCGAGGACUAUACCAGGGAUGAAGGUAAAGAGCUCUCACUGGUUGAGCCAAAUGAGGAUGCUGUGUAUGAGGCCUGCCUAGCCAGCUGGGCUUAAAUCUCCCUCUGUGCUCUAAUCUGGAGGCAUUGUUGAUGCCAGAAUUUCACAAGAGGCCUGCUGGAACUCUGGAGGGGGGAGAGACUGGGACACGCAGACCCUGAUGUUCCCUCCUCUUUUGCUUUUCAGAUCAUAUUGCCCACAUUGUUGAGUUACUAGGCGAUAUCCCUCCGCACUUUGCUCUUUCCGGGCGCUAUUCGCGCGAGUACUUCAACAGGAGAGGUAAGUUAGGGAAUGUAGCCUCUCUGGGUUGCGAGGAUGUUGUUCCAAGUGGAUGCUUCCACAACACAUCCGUAUCAUGCUCAAAGGCUGUCAGGAGGAAUUGUGAGGGGUGGGGAGAGCAUGUGUGUAAGAGAAGUUGACAACAAGAAGCUGAAGGAACUGUGUGAUCAUGACCACUGAAGGAAAGAAGUUGUUCAGGCAGCUGAGAUUUUGGCCAGAAAAAAAACAGGUUUGUGGUGAAACCUAAGGCUGGGAACAUGUCACCAUUUCUGGGGGGUCAUUAAUAGGUUCUGCCUACCCUGCCAGUGGUAAAUGUCAUGAAGGUCACAGCAUUUGUUGUCUGGGGUGUCCAGAAUCAGGCUAACUGCAUGCACAAGCAGCCUCUUCCGCAAGUGGCUGGUCAUUUAAGUGUAGCCCACGUUCUCCGUUCCAAGUAAUGUGGAACAACUUUUGUUCAUUUGGACUUGCCCAACUUCUCAGUGGGAUGUACUCUGCACUUUCAGUCUGUCUGUCACCCACACCUGCCACCUCUGGCAGCCACUUCACCUCGUCUUCUUUAGCUAGACAAGGUUCACAGGUUUCAGGUGGGCACCUACAAACAGCCACGGACAGCUAGUCUUUUGUCCUUCUUCGUUAGGGUACAAGAGUGUUUGCUGCAUUGCAGAACUCUGUGGUCCCUCAACCUUUGUCAUCAGUACUAAGAGUAUCUGGGUAGCGAUUUGGGACUGUUGUUGUUUCUGCAUGCCUUUUUUGCUGUGUCCACCUGUCUGUUCUUUUUCUCUCUUUGCCCAAUUGCUUCUCAUUCAAUGAAUCUGGCCACUGAUGAUGUUGAGGACCAUUAGAUGGAGGAGAGGUCUAUCAAUGGUAGCUAAAUGGAGCCUCAGAGUACAAGACGCUGAGUCAAGAGGGCUGCUACCUUCAUGCCCUGCUUUGGGGCACCCUUUUUUAGCUGCUGUGGGAAAAUGAAUGGGCACUACAUUGGAGGAAGCUCCUACAGUUUAGCCAGCUUCUACUAAUUACAUACUUUUCCUGCUCCACAGAGAGAAACAGCAUGAAGACCCACAAAGGGUACAGGAUCUAGAAGUUUACUGCACACUCUGUUUACUGCAUAUUAAAUGCCCGUUUUGAUCAUAUUCAUGCUUUCACUUCUGGGAGGCUGGGCCUCUCCCCAAGAGUUGCAGUGUGGGUGUGCUGUCAGUUAUACAGCAGCAGGGUGGGAUUAAUAGCAUAACUACCACCACUCUGGGCAAUCUUUCCCACACCAAGCACCUCUAUGACAAUAUAUUAAGAGGUAAAAUGUGAUGAUUGGGGCUUAUGCAGGAUGAUCCCAGGGCCACAUUGCAUGUUCUUUUCAGAACUGGUGUAUGUUUCCCAUGUAGUCUGUCUAACUUUGGAACAGUUGGCUGGCCUGGACUGGGAAUGUACGCUGCAAUCUCAGGAGCAUAGAAGCUGAAUGUGGCUUUGGGCAUCAUGUUCCACUUCCUGAGGUGAAAGUUUCUAGCCCUUGUACUGUGACAACACAGCUUUAGAGUGUGUGAGCAAUGCCUGUUGAAUAUGAUGCCCACUGUUCAAUAACUCUUUGCCUAUCUCCAUGACUAGCCAGGCCCAGAAUUAAUUUCACAAAAUAAGAGAUAAACCAGGCACGAGUUUGGUUUUCCUUGGUGCAGAAUUUUCAUUUCAUUUUACUUUCCUCCAGUGCAAAGUACACACAGCCCAAGAUGGGGUCUCUCCACUAACCUUGCCCUUUUUGUCCUCCUUCCUUCCCCAGGGGAACUACGCCACAUUAAGAAUCUCAAGCACUGGGGCCUGUACGAGGUCCUGGUGGAGAAAUAUGAGUGGCCCCUCGAGCAAGCAGCCCAGUUCACGGACUUCCUCUUGCCCAUGAUGGAAUACAUCCCAGAGGAACGCACUACAGCCUCCCAGUGCCUGGAGCAUCCGUGGCUCAACUCUUAAGGCCAGGCAGAAGUCCAGACAGACUGGUUGCUUGAAGGAAGCAGUCUUCUCGCCUGCACAAGAUUUCCUUGGCACGGACCUGGUCCCAUCACUGGAGUUGACAGGCAGGGGGGAAGGCUGUCUCCCCCAGCUCCUCCCCUAAGUGGACUGCAUUGCAGAACUGGAGGCAAGAGGCUCUUCUCUCUGGCUGAUCACAGUGGAGAAGGGGGAACUGUAAAGCAGGACUGGAACCCAGGAGCCAGGUUCACUCUGUGGUCAUUUCUGAAGCACAGCCAGAAGAUUCCCACAAUCCCUUGCUGACUCUUUUCCUAGAAGUUGCCUUCUUGGGAGAUCUCCAUGGCCACCAUCUCCAUGUACCCUUGACUGAUGCGGUUUGACUUUUAAGAAUUCAUUGUGGUUCUUCCUUGCCAGUUUCUCCCCCUGCCCUCUGCUCCCCAUCGUUUCUAACUGGUGGGCAAAGAGAGUGGCUGUGAAGCUCCCAGCAUGUGUGGGUUUGAGAGAGGCUCAGUAUGUGAGCAGAGUGUGAAUGAUGAAAAGGAAGAAGUGCAUGGAUGUUCUAGCAAGAAAGCUGGGAAGGGCAGCUCUUUGUGUGGUGGCAGAGAGACGCUGCAGCUCCUGGCUGGUGCCCCUACCCUGUCCAAAUUUCCAUGCCAAUGAAUUGCAGGAAAAGUGACAAUGAAGGUGUGCAAAGUGACAUGACCGUGGCCUGGAGGUCCAGCCGUGGCACUGUUUGGAGGGAAUGAGAGAAGGUAGCUGAUGCAGGAAGCAGUAGAAACGUAUAGGCAGUGGAGGUGAAAGAAUUUGUUUUUCUGGCUUGGCUGUCAGCACCUGAUGUCUCUGCACUUCACAGGCAUUUGCAGGCAGGUUUCUGCCAGCAACUUUGUGGUUAAGAGUUGAAUAAAUGGGCCCCUCCUCUACCCCAAGAGUCCUUUGUGCGUCCUUUCCCCUGCUGCCUAGGCAUGGGUCAUGGCCCUUAACAUGCUUUACUUUAGCCAGGAGUUGCUCAUAAAUUUGGUAUUCUAAGAAUCUCAGAAGUUUUUUAAACAAACAAGUUUCUAACCCUUGUCAUUGCUAAGGAAAGAUUUUUGCAAAGGGAAAGUCUCUAAGGGCAGCUUUCAAUAGCUGGGAUUUUUUUGUAUGUUGUGAAGUCUCUUCUCCCCCAUUUCUAAUUGUCUUUUAGUCCUAUUUUGCCUCAGUUUCCUUUUUCACUCCAGUUUGAGGUGAAUGGGAAUCAUACAAUUUCACCCACUACCCUAGCUGGUGGGAGAAAGCAAGCUAGGUUGUGUGUGUGUGUGUGUGUGUGUGUGUGUGUGUGUGUGUCUUUACCCACCAACUACUCCCCACAAUGCAUAUUUUGGAAUGGCUGGCAUUGUUGCUCUCUCAAACUGCUACAACAGCUCCCGCUCCCCCCCCCCCAACGUUUCCGGACACUUUUGCUACCUGUGGUCAGUUUUCAUUAUUAUAAGGCAGAGUGUAGCCGCUCCAAAAAGCUUGACACUGUUCCAAGCUACUUUUGUGCCUUUAGGAAGAAGCUUAUCUACUGUUCGUGAUGAAAGAUUGAAUGGUGUGGGAGUGCCCCUGUAGCAUUUUCCCCAAAACAUUUUGGGUUCAGAAAAGGAGGAACCACAAGCAGAGGAAAGACACAGAACAGGAGGAGGAAAAAGAUGUGUGGAGCUAGGCUUAAACCCAAAGUCCCAAGUUCUGAUGCCUGUCCCAUGGCUAUAGCACUGGAACCCAGAAGUUGUGGUUGGCUCUUGCAUUCUGCAGCCUCAUACUAUAAAGGGGGAGGUGGUGUUGGGGAAGCCUCCUAGGUCUGGCAGACAACUGGUCGCAGUACUGCCCAAGACUGGUGUCUUUAAACCAAAGUUGUGGUGCAAGAGAACUGGGCAUAGGGAGAGGGAAGCAAUACUGUUGCCUUGCACUGCAGUCUCUGGAACAAGAAACCCUGCCCUUGCUUUAGGGUGUUGCCCAUGUUGGGGAGUGUGCGUGUGUUUGUGUGUGUGUGUUUUGAAGGCCCUUCUACUGUUCCAGGGAUUUGAGUUCAAGACUUUUCAUUAAAACGUUUGCAAUAGCC